GAUGCUCGUCCGAGCGCUAGGGCUGAGCAGGGCCUGUUGUGUAUUCCUUCCGGGUCCGUCAUAAGCUUAUAUCCUAAAGUUUGCAGCUAUACUUCGGACUGGACCCAUAAUGCGAAGUUGGCCUCCAGGUGGGCUGCUAGAUUGACAAUGACCUCCAAUGAUGAACCCGAGCUCGCACUUCCUCUCCGCCACGUAUGGAGAGAAGUUAGGCGGUCUUAAAGACAGAAACAAAAAAUAGCGUUUGUUGAAAAAUACCGCCUGUAAUCUCCCAUGGCAAGGAUAUAACUAUGGCUACCGUUCCUCUACCGACGGCUUCAGUGCCAUCUGGCGACGACUAUUCGCUUCAAAUCCCAAUCACCUGCAACCCGUGAUGGCUCCCCUUUUACGCUCCUUCGCGGCCUUGUCUGCUCUAUGGCAAGGAGCGAUUGGUUUCGCUCUGCCUAGAAAUAUGAAAGGCGGUUUCAACGCCAGCUCUACUCUCGAUCCGAACAUCUCGAUCUCAUUCAAAGAGACACACAUCUGCGAGACCACUCCGGGCGUCAAGGGGUACUCGGGGUACGUAAACCUGCCGGCCAACCCAGCAGAGGGCCGAGCCUACGACAUCCAUACCUUCUUCUGGUUCUUCGAGGCGCGCAAGGACGCCGCGAACGCGCCGCUCUCGCUGUGGCUGCAGGGCGGGCCGGGUUCGCCCUCGAUGACGGCGGCGCUGGGUGAGAACGGGCCCUGCAGGGUGACGUCCGACUCCAAGGACACGGUGCUCAACGAGUGGUCCUGGAACAACGAGGUCAACAUGCUGUACAUAGACCAGCCGGUCCAGGUCGGCUUCUCGUACGACCGCCUGGUCAACGGCACCAUCGACGAGGUUGCCAGUCCCUUUGACUUCACCCCCGUCGACGAUCUCGCGGCCGCCGACCUCAACACCACCCAUAUCGCCGGUACCUUUGCCUCCAGCGACCAGCUGUCAACGCCCAACACGACCGAGACGGCGGCGCUCGCGGCUUGGCAUUUCAUGCAAAUCUGGAUGACACAAUUCCCUCACUACACACCUCGCGACAACAAGUUCAGCAUCUGGACCGAGUCUUACGGCGGACACUACGGCCCGACCUUCUCGGACGUGUUCGAACGACAAAACACCAACGCCCUCGCCAACAGCUACUCCUCCUCCUCCUCUCCGGUGCCGCUGCACCUCGAGACGCUGGGUAUAGUGAACGGGUGCCUCGACAUCAAGACGCAGAUGCCCUUCUACCCUGUCUUCGCGCACAACAACACGUACGGGAUCCAGGCGUACAACGAGAGCGUGUACGAGGCGGCCGCGGGCGCGUGGCCGCAGUGCGAGGCGCUGAUUAACGAGUGUCAGGCGGUGGCCUCGCAGCGGGACCCGGACAGCACGGGCGCCGACUCCGAAGCCAACGCGGCCUGCGCGGGCGCGUACGCCUACUGCUUCGAGGCCAUGUGGAGCCCCUACCUGGCAACGCGGCGCAACAAGUUCGACAUCACCGGCUCGGCGCUCAGCUCCUUCCCGCCCAAGUACGCGGCGGGCUACCUGAACACGGCCGAGGUGCAGCGGGAGCUUGGCGUGCCGCUCAACUUCACCGGCUACGCGGACGCGGUGGACGCCGCGUUCAGCCGCACGGGCGACUUCGUGCGCGGGCGCAGCCUGGCGGUGCUGGGCGAGCUGCUGGACCGCGGGGUCAAGGUCGCGCUGGUGUACGGCGACCGGGACUUCCAGUGCAACUGGCUGGGCGGGGAGGCGGUCUCGCUGGCCAUCGAUUCUUCUGAUGCCACGGCGGGUUUCCGCGGGUCCAAGUACGCCCCGAUCCGGACGAACGCGUCGUACGCCGGCGGCGCGGUGCGGCAGUACGGGAACCUGAGCUUCUCGCGCGUCUUCGGCGCGGGCCACGAGGUCCCCUGGUACCAGCCGGAGACGGCGUACCGGAUCUUCCGGCGCGUCAUGUUCGACCGGGACGUGGCGACGGGGACCGAGUCGACGCUGCCGUGCGGCGGCGACAAGAACAAGAAGGUCUACUCGACCGCCGAGGGCGACGACGACGUCUUCCACAUCAAGAACGAGGUGCCGCCCCUGCCCGAGCCCGAGUGCUAUUUCUGGGACAUGUACGAGACGUGUACGGGGGAGCAGAAGAAAAUAUUCCAGAGCGGGGCGGCCAUCACCAAGGAUUUUGUCUUGAUCGGAUAUGUGGCGGCGAACGGGACGGAGGUGUUGUUUUGAUUGAACGCUUGGCAAGGGUUAGAGUACAUGGCUGCAAAGUCCAACAACGAUCUUUGGUUAGUCUGCUCGAUUCCGACAUUUUCUUUCAUGUACAUGUAUGUAUUUGACUCAUAUCCAACCUUGAUUUAGACUAGCGAGGAUCACUUAGAUUUCACGUCCUCAAACCAUAGGUUCAGUUUAUCGAUCCUGACUUGCUGUGAUAAUCUCGAGAGGCA